UGUGUCGCGUUCAGUCUCCGCCGUGAACCCGUUGCCGACAGUUCGCCCGCGCAUCGUGUUUUGGAUUACGAGUCCGUUUAUUAUGUGAAAGUGUUCGCGGGCGCGGACGUUCUGUUCUCGAGUGUUGCGAUUUUUUUUAAGUUUUUUUUUUUAGUUCGGUUUUUUUUUUUUAUUAUUGUUUGUAUACCGUCGCUGACUUAGGGCGAUAUUUUUGAUUUCGUAUAUAUUAAUCGGUAUUCCGGCCCGACUACUGGCAGUACCGUAGUGUUUUAAAAUAAUUUUUAAUUUUUCGUUUUCGUUGUUUUUACUUAGUCUCGAAUCCGCGCUUGUGCGUCCCGCGCGGCAAAAGACUACUGUGAUUUGCGAUUAUGUCGAAUGCCCGACCGACGGGGUCGUACGCGAACCGAUCGGUUUUCUGACGAACGCCCGCCGCGAUUUUUUUUUUUUUGAAAUAAAUCACAUCGAGUUUCGAAAAAAAAAAAAUUUACCUGUUCGGUUUUUGGCAUUACGUCGCCCGGUUGCUGUUAAUCCGGCGCGAAGUAAUCGAGACGAUUCAAAAUUAACGAAAAAAUAAUAUGAAAUUGUUUAUUAAAAUGAAACUAUUUUUGGUGGCCGCGAUGUGCGCCGCGGCGGCCGCCAAACUCGACGGCAGUGGCGCGGGCGAACCGUGUACGUGGUCGUCGUACAACAACGACACGGCCAAGACAUCGGUACAGUGCCGGGUCCGGGCCUUGGCAUUGGACAGUCCGAAUUUCUCGUCCGUGCAACCCGAGGGCACAGUCCGGCUGACGGUCGACUGUACUGACAAGCUGUUCUUGCAGAGUACGCUUGUGCCCCGCAUGUUCCGGCCGCUGCACCAGCUCGAGGAGCUGGCACUGGUCCGGUGCAAAUUGUUAGACAUACCCACAGACGCGUUCGACGGCCUCGGUGGGCUCAAGAAGCUCACCGUGCAUACGUCUAACCUAGAAUGGGGAGCCACCAAAACGAUGGAAUUAGCGCAGGGCAGCCUGGACCGGCUCACGGAGCUCCAGUCGCUUGACCUGUCCGAGUCUAACGUGCACACCGUACCUGCCGACGCGUUCUGCGCCCUCAAAAAUAUCCAGCAGCUAAAUGUGUCGCACAACGGCAUCGAAGACCUCACCACGCUCGGGUUCUCCGGGCCUGACUGUCCCGGCGGCACCGACCUCAAAGUGCUCAAUUUGUCGUGGAACAACUUGCAAUCGGUGCCCGCUCGGACCGCUAUAUCGGCCAUGAAGCGGUUGCAGACGCUCACCCUGCAGCACAACAGCAUCACGGACAUCGCCGCCGACAGCCUGUCUACGCUCACAUCGCUCAAAGUAUUCAACGCGUCCUAUAAUAAACUGGAGGCCCUGCCGGAGACGUUGUUCGCCAAAAACCGUGACUUGCGCGAGGUUUACCUGCAAAACAACGGGCUUUACGAGCUGCCCCGUGGACUUUUCCACCGGCUCGAACAGAUGGUUAUUAUAAAUUUAAGCAACAAUAAGAUCAAUCAGAUCGACGAAGGGCCGUUUGUCGGCCUUCUGCGGUUGGUCGUUCUAGACCUGUCCCGCAACGGACUGACCAGGAUCAAGUCGAACGUUUUCAAGGAUCUGGUGUUCUUGCAGAUUUUGGACUUGAGCAACAACAGUAUUAGCAGUAUCGAGGAAAAUGCAUUUUUUCCACUGUAUAAUUUGCACACGCUUAACUUGGCGGAAAACCGGCUGCACACGAUCGGACCGCGACUUUUCAACGGUUUGUACGUGCUGUCUAAACUCACUAUGAACAACAACUUGUUGAUUACCAUAGACGACCAAGCAUUUAAAAAUUGUUCGGCUCUUAAAGAACUCGAUCUAAGUUCAAAUGCCAUUCAACAGGUGCCAGCCGCGUUGAACGAAUUAUCAUUCUUAAAAACGUUGGAUUUGGGUGAAAAUCAAAUUAGUGUGUUUCACAACAAUUCGUUUAAAAAUAUGGAAUUACUGACCGGACUACGACUUGUAGAUAAUUUUAUCGGAAACCUGACUAUAGGCAUGUUCUCUAAUCUGCCCAACCUGCAGGUGUUGAAUUUAUCGAAAAAUAAAAUUUACACCAUCGAACGAGGCACAUUCACGCAAAAUAGUCAAAUUCAAGCGAUCAGACUGGAUGCUAAUUAUUUAACCGACGUUAACGGAGUUUUCGAAUCGCUGUCUAGUUUGCAAUGGAUAAAUUUAUCUAAAAAUAAUUUAAUUUGGUUCGAUUACGCGAUGGUGCCGGCCAAUCUUAAAUGGCUGGAUUUGCACGAUAAUUACGUUCAAGAAUUGGGAGACUACUAUAAUCUCAAGGACCGAUUGAACAUUAACACAAUUGAUGCCAGUCACAAUCACAUUACCGAAAUUUCGGAACGUUCGAUACCGAACAGUAUAGAAGUAUUGUUCCUCAACAACAAUUUUCUUUCAAACAUUAGGCCCAACACGUUUUUGAAAAAGAGAAAUUUGGUGCGCGUGGACUUGUACGCCAACGAGUUGACGCGAUUGGACGUGAACGCUCUACGGCUAGGCGUUGUGCCCAUCAAUCGUUCGCUGCCGGAAUUUUAUAUCGGUGGUAAUCCAUUCGAGUGUGAUUGUUCCAUGGACUGGUUGCCCGCUGUCAACAAUAUGACGCAACUCAGGCAAAAUCCCAAGGUCAUGGAUCUCGAUAAUGUGGUGUGCAAAACGACAGAUUCCAGAGGCUCGGAGGUAGUACCCAUAUUGUCGGCCGGACCGUCACAAUUUUUGUGCAAAUACGAAACCCACUGUUUUACCGUGUGUAAAUGUUGUGAAUACGACGCGUGCGACUGUGAAAUGACGUGCCCUAAUAAUUGUACAUGUUACCAUGAUCAGACAUGGCAUACGAACAUUGUUGACUGUUCAUACCAAUUAAACAACCAGGUGCCGCCGAAACUACCGAUGGACGCGACACAUGUGUACCUAGACGGCAACAAUUUUAAUCAGUUGCAGGGUCACAUAUUUAUCGGCCGCAAAAACAUGGUGCACCUAUACCUGAACAACUCGAAAAUCGAAUCGUUACAGAACCACACGUUCAAUCGACUCAGCUCGUUGCAGGUACUCCAUUUGGAGGACAACAUGCUCACUGAGUUAAAAGGCUACGAGUUUGAGCAGCUUUAUCAGCUUAGGCAGCUGCACUUGCACAACAAUCGUUUAUCGUAUGUAAACAACAUGACUUUUGCGCCGCUCCGGAACCUGGAGGUGCUUAGGCUGCACGGAAAUUUGCUUAGCAAUUUCAACGUAUGGCAGUUGUCCGUCAAUCCGUACUUAGUACAAUUGUCGGUCGGCAAGAACCCGUGGUCCUGCCGCUGCAAGUUCCUGCAACCGUUCCGAAACUGGGUGUACGAGAACGGCCCGAAAAUCAGCGAUAUGUCAGAUGUAACGUGCGUGCCAGAUGAGUCGGACCCCGGCCAGAGGCGCGAGAUCGAUUUCAACGAAACAACGUGCAGCGACUUCUACACCGGCGGCUGGGCCCUGCGCAACAUGAUGACCUCCAGUUACGUGCCAUUACUCACGUUCCUGUUGGUCGUGUUCGUCGUGGCCCUGGUGCUGUUUGCCGUUCGGGAUAACAUCAAGGUGUGGCUGUACACCAAGUACGGUAUACGAGUGUUCAGCUGCAAGAACUCCAGCAACAAGCACUUCUACGAAGACCGCGAGAAACUGUACGAUGGUUACGUGCUGUACAGCCCCAAAGACGAGGAGUUCGUCCUGCAGUCGGUGGUCGCUGAGCUCGAGCACGGUAACCCGUCGUACCAGCUGUGCCUGCACUACAGGGACCUGCCCAUCACGUCCAUGUACCACGCCGGUUCGUCACCCGUAGUGAUCGAGGCUGCGGAGGCCAGCCGUCGGGUGAUCGUCGUACUGUCCCGAAAUUUCAUACAGACCGAGUGGUCACGAUACGAGUUUCGGUCGGCACUACACGAAGCGCUCAAGGGCAAAGUGUACAAGCUAGUGUUAAUCGAGGAGAACAGCAUCGCUGCCGAGGCGGAUGCCGACCCCGAGAUCAGGCCUUACCUGAAAGUUGCGUCUAAGGUGCGUUGGGGCGAGAAACGGUUCUGGGAACGUCUUCGGUACCUGAUGCCCAGCAACAACCACCACAACAAUAACCAUCACCACCACAAGGUGUGCAACUACCGGAACAAUAUAAACAACUACACCAUCGACACCCGGACGCCAGUGGUGCCGGCACACCGGCGGCAACCACCGCCGUCGCCUCAGGACAAGGGGACACACCACCGUUCGCACGGCCACCACCACCAUCACCACCAGCACCACCAACAGCAGCAGCAUAGCCCCGGAUCGUUGCCCCGGCCGCAGCACCGGCACGAGGACUCCAACUACUCGACGGCCACGACGGCCACGCCGUCCCCGAAACUCGGAGGCGGUUGCGAAGACCGGCCGGCGUCCACCGAGCACAUCUACUCGGCCAUUGACACGCCACCGCCGUCGGUGCACCAGUCGCCCAGCAGGAUGAUGCCGCCCGUACACCAGUUCGAGCGCACCAACAGCCGGAGGUCGGCCAAGCACCAUCAGCACCAGAACGCCGUGCAGGCUUACCUCGUCUAACGCGAAAACAGCCCCCCUCGCAAGUCGUCGUUACCCCUAAUACUUCCACAUCGCAGCGUAUACCGCGAACCUAUAAUAUUAUUGCAUUUUGUGGGUAAUAAUCUCGCGCAAACAGGUCAGUGUCACCGACGUACUGUACGAUUAUUAUUAUUAUUAUUAUAUCAUUAUCAUUAUUAUUAUAUUUGUAUUUUUCGUUUGGUCUUGUUUCGUUUAUUGUUAACCGAACAAAGCAUAUUAUGUACGUAUGUGCUCAUCAAUAUGUGAUAAUGUUGUUUAAAUAAGCACGACUUGUAUGAUUCAUAGAUUAAUUGAGUUCCUAAGUGUACGUUCUCCGGAACACGCUGCGGUUAAUUCCCUUUGAAACUUUCUUGUAUUUUUUUUUUUUUUAAUUAUUUUUAAUUUUUACUUUAUUUGUUCGUAAAAAUUACUUUACGACGGGCUGUGUCCGCCGUUUAUAUUGUAAAUGUGAUUUUAGGCGGGUUUUUAAAUAUUAUAUUAUUAUUAUAUUAUUGUGAAAAAAAACGGUUCGUACUAACUAUUGAGAAUCUAACGCCAUUUUUCUAGUCAGCUCAAAAAAAAAAAAAAAAAUGUUUUGAGCAACCAAAUUGUGUGUGUUAAACUCAUAAAAAAAAAAAUGUAUUAUCCUCGAUUUGAGGCCCAGACUGAUUAAGUCUUCGUAUCACUGUUGUUUGCUCCCCUCACCUUUUAACUUUUUUCAAUCGAAAUGACAUACAUCGCGAACGUUAUUAUUCUAUUUCAUUUUUCACGUGACGCAGAGCAAUAAUAAUAAAAUAUUAUUUUAAAUUUAUGACACAUGAUGUGGGAUAAUUAAAAACCUCCGUGGGUGUUGGUGUUUUUUUCUCUUCAUACAUCGUAAUAAUAAUAAUAAUAAUACCGGUUCUAGGCUCUCGUGUAUUUUAUUAUAUCUCUCCUUAUUACUACACUCUCCUAGAGCGUUUAUUCUGUUAUUAUUCCGACGUGUCCGAGUACGCUUUCGUACGAAACACGGAGUGAAAAAAAAUAUAUAUUUAUAUACUUAUAUAUUAUAUAUAAAUGUAUAUUUUUUUAUUCAGUACACGGAUUACCACUUAGUACUGCCGCUGCGUUAUCUGAAAUGGAUUCGGCUUUUUAUUUGGAGAGACAAUAUAAAACUAUUAUUUUUUUUAUCUUUAAAACACAAAACAAGGAUAAUAAAAAUAAGAUAAAUAAUAAAUACACACCUUCUUAUCCUCGAAAAUAAUAAUUUAAUUUCCCUGUAAACUCGGUUUAAUAUAUAAGCUAUAACUAUACUUGAUUAAUAGAGACUACGACGUGUUUCAUUCCGUUAACGUAAAUUACAAAUUAUGAAUAUUUUUACGAAUUUACACUCAAUAUAUGCGAUUUUUAAUUGUUUUAAUUGUUUGGGUCGAGUGUAGUAACAGGGUAAGACCGAUAACAACUUGGUUGAUUGUGAAAAAAAAAAAUAAAAAAAUAAAAUUUGGGGAAUUUACAUUUUGUUUCACUACUUGAACGAAGACUGUAUGAUAUUUUUCAUUAACCACAAUUUUUUUUUAUUUAAAUAUUGUUAACUUCGAUUCUAUUUUAUUAUUAUUUGAUUAAGAAAUUAUUUGUAUAUAUUCGUGUACAUCCCAUUUUAUUAUGUAAUGAUAUUAAUAUGUAUAGACGUGUAUUGUACUACGUUGAAAAUAAAUAAUUUAUUUUUUAUUUUGAAAAAAAAAGACAUGUUAUUUAUUUUAAUUUCUAUCACCCAGGUACAGCACUGCGUUACACGCUACCUACCUAUCUGCAUAUUUUUUGUCACGGUCCAAAGUAUGACCAUACACAACAACACUACAUGUAUAUAUAUGGUAUAUUAAAUACGCACAUACAUUA